AUGGACUAUGGCCAUGAACCCAAAUACCCCACUGUGGUACCGGCUGUGGACGUUGACCCUGACAGAGAUGCUGCCAGAACUAGACCGGCUAUCAAAACCAAAGGAGUGGAUGAACAGACCAUCAUUGACAUCCUCACAAAGCGGACCUACUCACAAAGACGAGACAUUGCUUUUUCGUAUGAAAGGAGGGCAAAGAAGGACAUGAUCUCAGCCCUGAAGGCAGAGCUGUCAGGCUCUCUGGAAACGGUGAUCCUUGGAUUGAUGAAGAGCACGGCCCAGUACGAUGCCUCCUUGAUCAGAGGCUCCAUCAAGGGUGCAGGAACAGAUGAAGAGACGCUGAUUGAGGUUUUGUGCUCACGCAGCAACAAUGAGCUGGUGGAGAUCAAGAAGGUCUACAAGGAGUUGUUCAAGAAAGACCUGGAGAAAGACGUGGCAGGUGACACCUCGGGGAACUUUGCUAAACUGCUCUUGGCUCUGGUGCAGACCAAGAGAGCAGAACCGUCCUCGAUGGUAGACUAUGAAAAGAUUGAUGAAGAUGCCAGAGCACUCUAUGAAGCUGGGGUGAAGAUAAAAGGAACUGAUGUGCCGACCUGGAUCUCCAUUAUGUCUGAAAGAAGCGUACCCCACCUGCAAAAGGUGUUUCAAAGGUACAAGAGUUACAGCCCCUAUGACAUGCAGGAGAGCAUUAUGAAGGAAGUUAAAGGAGACUUGCAACGGUCCUUCCUAGUGCUAGUUCAGUGCUUUGAAAACAAACAGCUGUACUUUGCCAACCGACUGAAUGAAGCCAUGAAGAGUAAAGGCGCCAAAGAGAAGAUGGUGACCAGAAUUAUUGUGUCGCGCUGCGAGGUGGACCUGAAAAAGAUCUGCUCUGAAUACAAGACCAACUUGGGAGAGUCUUUGCAGAAGACUAUUAUGGAACACACCAAGGGAGACUACCAGAAGGUGCUGCUCGGCCUGUGCGGACCAGAGGAGUGAACAUGAAUCAUCCGUAUCAAAAGGGCCUCACUUUCCACCUCUGGAAAGGUGUAAUGGAAAGGUUGACUUAUGAAUAUCACACUUGGAACAAACUCUGUGGCAAAAUCCCAUCCUUUUUUUUUAUUCACACAUUUAAAUGCCACAUUGAAUACAAUUUAAAUGCAAUUCUUGAUACAUGAAGUCUGUAUCAUCUGUAUUUGUAAAGCUUACAUUUGUUAUACCAAACAGCAAUAAAGUUGCUUUGUAUUGUACCUUA